UGUGAAAGUGGUCAACUUCGCAAAACAACUUCAGAAAGUGUUUGGAGGAGGAGUAAUAAGAGGGAUGAUGUGGUGAUGAUUCGAGUUCAAAACUGAACUCCCGGAUAUUGUUCAGUAUCCGCCCAUUUGAGGUACAUCCGGGACAGCCAGGCUCUCAAAGCGAACAGACCGGCCGACCGCGCCGCACGUUACUGGUCGAGAGGAGGGAGCGCUUGUUCAUUACUGCGCGAGCCGCCGCCGUAGCCAACACAGGGAGCGAUGGAAGGGGGAGGCAGGGUGUCGUGGAUGAAAUACGGGUCUGCUGUGUCCCUGUUUGUGGUUCUGUUGGCCUUCUGGUUCCGCUCACCCCAGAAUGCAGGACUGGACGACCGCCUGGACACCGUCCUGUCCUCUCUGCUCCGGGCUGAAAGCAAAGUCUUCGUGGACAACGUCGCCAGACCGAGAGUGGCUGUGGGUUUUGGAGGUUGUGUUGACUUGAUAGUAGAUGGUGUGUCGUUGCUGAAGAAGAUAAACCUCCCUUCAACGGACCAGCCUCUACAUCAUGACUACAUAGAAAAUGCUGAGCAGCUGGCUCAGAGCUUUGCCUACUUCUUUGCACCGGGAGCUGCUGCAGAGCGUUUCAUGUUUAAUGACACCCUCUUCAGUGAGCUCGUUGAGGAGGCGCGUGACUUACCUGGGAACAGAUGGUCAGUAGGCGGCAACGCUCCGGUAAUGGCUGGUCGCAUGGCAAUAGAGGGAUGUGAUGUGUUGCUAGGGGGAAGUUUCAGUCCCGAUUUCACUGAUGUCCUGUCCCAGCACAUUACAGUGGCGGGUAACAUAGUAGAAGAGCCAGACAUUCACCUGAUCCUGGAGUAUCCGUCUGGUGCCAGCUGGGGGAGGUACACAUCACGUAGAGCCAACAGAUAUAUAAUCCACAGUGAUGACCACAACCCCUACCUGGCCUCUAUGGAGGCGUUUGCUGAGAAACUAAAAGACUUUCAACCAGAUCUGCUGGUGGUGGGUGGGCUGCAAAUGAUGGACAACUUCCCCUUCCAGUCAGGCGAACGAGGCGCUCUCUUCUCCCGCCUGGCAGACCUGCUGUCCUCCACGAAGCCACAGAUCGGGAUCCAUUUCGAAAUGGCCAGUUUUGUGGAAGAGAGUAUAAUGGAAGACCUGCUCCACUACGUCAUCCCCCACGCGGACUCUUUAGGGAUGAAUGAACAGGAACUUCCCAACCUGCUUAGCCUGCUCAAAGGCUCCAACAUCACCGUGUUGUCAGACCCGAACCCCCGAGUAGCCACUGUCCUCGACCAGAUGAGGGAGGUCUAUCGCAUCCUCAACCAGCGCCACAAGGAUUCACUCGCAGACAGUGACACAAGCGGUGGUCAAGCUCAGGUUAAGCCGCUGACCCGGCUCCACGUCCACACGCUGGCCUUCCAGGCCAUGAUCGUGACGCGUGGCUCCCAGUGGAAGAACACUAUGUCGGCCACAGCCAAGGCCUCGCUCACAGCCAACCGCCACGUCUGUGGCUCUAACGACAUUGACCCCAGCAAAGCGAGGCUCAUCAUGGACGACUCCUUCUCUGUGAGUCGGCGGGAGGGAAGCCAGCGCAUCCCUCUGCAGGAGACCAGGCCUGUCAGCUGCUGGGAUGAGGACGACUACGAGAUCUGCGUGGCUCCAGUGCUGGUGUGCACCGAGGUUUACCAGACCGCAGGUGGAGGGGACAACAUCUCAGCCGCCGGCCUGGUGCUGCAGAUCUAGUUUAGGACACGAAAUGAUCCAUGCUUGUCUAGUACGAACUAGAUGUCGGCAAACAGCGUGACUCUGGAAACUUGAUCUGGGCGUGACACAAACCAGCCGCUGUGGCAGGUAUCAGGCUAACGGUGGUAACCUUUGCAGCUCGUGGGCCUAGUGGACCAUGAGGAAAUUUAUUGUUCUCAUUCAUAGGAGUCAGAUGAUGGAGUGCAGUGGUUGUUCAACAGGCUAGGCCACCCACUCUUUGAAUAUAUGAACUUGGUUUUGAUUUUGUUUUUGCUCAUGAAGAACCAAUCAACUCAAUAAUCAGUUUUGACAACUGAGUGAUUUCUAUGCUAACCAGACUUUCUGCAGUUAAGUCUCAGUUAGGUGUGUUUGUGUUUACAUUGGACGAGGGCGUCGUCAAGGAUUUAAUCCUCCCUUGUGUUAACGUUGUCAGGACAUAAUGAUUAAUUCUCUGUCUCUGAGUGUUGAGCCCCUUUCACUCAGUUAUUUGACCUUUAGAGCCAAAACACGUCCCACCCAUUCACUGUAGUCAUUGUCCGACUCUAGUGAUUUUAAUGGCCUGUCCUUUUCUAUUCCUCUCAGGCCUUCAGUCAGGAUGAGAUAAAGAGGGUGUGUCAAGUUUUGCUCGGCUAUUGGAUGAAUUCUUUUGACCACUUCGCUGUGCAGCGAUUCAAAAAUGAUGCUCAUAUAUUAGAUAUGAACCGGCUACAUUAAAGCUACAGCUCAAACCAGUGAACAAGCCUUUGAUCUCAGCUGCCUUUGAGCAAAAUGCAUUUUCAGACCAUUUUACUGAGAGGCCGUCCUGCCUCUUCCCUCUUCUGUCCCAUUCACUAAGGCAAAGAAAUAUUUAUGGUAGAAAGCUACUGGUCUUCCCAGUAUAUGUGAAAAGUGUGCAGAGUAGUUAGGGUGUGUUUCUUUUGGUUUGUCAUUCCUCAGUAGUUCCGUUGUGGAGCAAUCUUGCAAAAAUGAUGUUAGGAGGUUACUGGAUAUGAUGUCAAAAAAUUUCCUCUCUACCUACAUGCAAGGGUAGAGUGGUUUGUCCUUCCCUUUGUCAAUCACCUGUUGUUGUCUCUCUCUAUUUCCUGUUUCUUCGUCAUACUUGUAUCUGUCAUAGUUCCUCUUGGUCUCUACCUCUCACCUUUUGUCAAUUUCUGAUGCUUUAAGGACCAAAUAAGUGUGGACUGCUCCAGAUAACGUUGCUGCAUGGGAGAAGUUACUGGCAUGCGUCUCACAUUUCACAUUAUGUGUUUGGACACAGUGAAACAUAGUUACACGGAUCUCUUUACUUGAAGCCAUGGUGUUGCUCACCAUGAAUCCCAUUGAUUUGUGGAGUAGUGGACCACUCGUAAAUGUUUCCAUACGUUUCCUUUGUCUCUCUUGUAGUAGGAUUAAAAGCCAGACAGCUCUGCCCUCAGUGUCCAGCUACAAGAAUGAUCCAGCAUGAUGUGUCGUCUUUCACUUUUCACCUGUUUCCUGAUAUUAAUGAGAUAAUGUUGAUCUAUAGGUAGAAGUUGUGCCCUGUCUCUACACGACCACUUAUAUUCAAAUGCGUAUUUAUUGAUGCAACUGGACUGAACUGGUGAUGCAGCCUUACAACUUCCUCACCAUGUACAAACAUUCCUCCACAGACCGAGCUUCAGUUAUUUUCUUCACUCAGUGUAGUACACAAUUUGUUGAGAAACGUGUUCAUUGCUUUCUUAGCGAUGUGAUGUCGAAAGCUUACAGCCACAUUUUAACGAGGAACACGUUCAAAAGGACGAUGGCCAGAGAAAAAGAAGAAUGUAAAGGCAAAGAAAUCCCUUUAAAUCUUUUCCUCGCGAGUCUUUUCACCGUACUGAUUUGAUGCUUUUGUUUAGUUAAACUGAAAGUAAAUGAGCCUUUUUUCUGUUUUUACUUCACGUUUUGUGAAAAGGGAACUUUUCGUGCAGAUUUAUUUCUAUCACUAUACGCUAAUGAUUUCUUUUUUGUCUUAAACAGUGAUUAGAAGAUGACGGGUUGUGUUAAACUGUGAACUGGAGCCACCGCAUGCAUCCAUGCUCAUAUAGAGGUCGGCUUGUGUUUCCCUCUGCAGUACUUAUCUAAGCUUUAGAUAAGUCUAAUCAUCCAUGUCCCAAAGCUGUGUUUAACUGUUUCAUGCAUGUUGUUUAUCCAAUGCAGAAUCACCUGAGAUAAAAGUCUACGAUGAUUAAGC